CGCGAUUCAUUCCAUUAGGACAGACGGGGAUCUCACCUUGGGUGGCCUUUUCCCAGUGCACGCCAGAGGACCGAAAGGGACACCCUGCGGGGACCUCAAGAAGGAAAAGGGGAUCCAUCGUUUGGAAGCGAUGCUUUACGCCUUGGACCAGAUUAACAGCGACCCCGAUCUUUUGACCAAUAUCACUCUGGGAGCUCGCAUCCUGGACACCUGUUCCAAGGACAUCUACGCGUUGGAGCAAUCUCUUACUUUCGUUCAGACUCACAUUCAGAAGGACUCUUCGGAUGUGAGAUGCACGAACGGGGAGCCCCCGAUCUUUGUCAAACCUGAGAGAAUAGUUGGAGUGAUCGGGGCAUCGUCUAGCUCUGUGUCCAUCAUGGUGGCCAAAAUAUUGAGACUCUUCAAGAUUCCACAGAUCAGUUAUGCCUCCACUGCACCCGAGUUGAGUGAUAACAGCAGCUAUGCCUUCUUCUCACGCGUUGUUCCUCCGGAUUCCUACCAGACUCAGGCCAUGGUGGACAUAGUGAAAGCUAUGGGGUGGAAUUAUGUGUCUACUUUAGCUUCAGAAGGGAGCUACGGGGAGAGUGGAGUGGAGGCGUUUGUGCAGGUCUCCAGGGAAGCUGGUGGGAUUUGCAUUGCUCAGUCUCUGAAAAUACCAAUGGAGUCAAGAAGAGUAGACUAUGAUAAAGUCAUCAGACGCCUUUUGGAUACACCUGAUGUUCGUGGCAUAAUCACUUUUGCCAAUGAGGAUGAUAUCAGGCAGGUACUUGCAGCUGCCAAAAGAGCAAACAAAGCAGGCCAUUUUGUCUGGGUCGGCUCCGACAGCUGGGGCUCGAAGACUUCUCCAGUAAAACAGCACGGGGAAGUGGCUGAGGGGGCAGUGACCAUUCUGCCCAAAAGAGCCUCUGUGGAAGGUUUUGAUACCUACUUCACAAGCCGGACUUUGGAGAAUAAUCGAAGAAAUGUCUGGUUUGCAGAGUUCUGGGAAGAGAACUUUGACUGUCAGGUGACACGAACUGGAUCGAAAAAAGACACAGCCAAAAAGUGUACAGGAGAAGAAAGGAUUGGAUUGCACUCCCAAUACCAACAGGAAGGUAAAGUUCAGUUUGUGAUUGACGCUGUAUAUGCCAUGGCCCACGCACUGCAGAACAUGCACAAAAAUUUGUGCCCUGGCUACAUUGGCAUCUGUCCUGCAAUGGACCCAAUUAGUGGAGAAGACCUCCUGCGGUACAUCCGCAAUAUACAUUUCAAUGGUAGUGCUGGAAAUCCUGUGAUGUUCAAUGAUAAAGGUGAUGCUCCAGGCCGUUAUGAUAUCUUCCAAUACCAGCUCAUUGCCAACAAUACCUGGGACUACCGCAUCAUUGGGCAGUGGACAGACCAACUAUAUCUUAAUGUGGAGGACAUGCGGUGGGCUGGAGGCAGCCGUCAGCCCCCUACAUCUGUCUGCAGUUUACCUUGCAAAGCUGGAGAGCGCAAAAAAAUGGUGAAAGGUGUGUCCUGCUGCUGGCAUUGUGAGCUUUGCGAUGGAUAUCAGUAUCAAAGAGAUGAGUUCACCUGCUCGCUGUGUAGCUAUGACAUGAGGCCCAAUGCAAACCGCACUGGCUGCAGCCAGAUUCCAAUUGUCAAGCUCGAGUGGCAUUCACCAUGGGCCAUUAUCCCAGUCUUUCUCGCCAUGCUUGGGAUUAUCGCCACGAUUUUUGUGAUUGCCACCUUUAUACGGUACAAUGACACGCCCAUCGUGCGGGCCACCGGCCGGGAGCUCAGUUAUGUUCUCCUCACUGGGAUAUUCCUUUGUUACAUCAUCACCUUCCUGAUGAUAGCCAAACCGAACACAGGAAUCUGCUCCUUCCGUCGUAUCUUCUUGGGCCUUGGUAUGUGCAUCAGCUACGCUGCAUUAUUGACUAAGACGAACCGGAUUUUUCGCAUCUUUGAGCAGGGGAAGAAGGCUGUGACAGCACCCAGGCUCAUUAGCCCAACCUCUCAGCUGGCAAUCACAUCUAGUCUCAUUUCAGUCCAGCUCCUUGGAGUUUUCAUUUGGUUUGGGGUUGACCCACCAAACACAAUUAUAGACUACGAUGAACAGAAGACCUUAAAUCCUGAGCUUGCCAGAGGUGUCCUCAAAUGUGACAUUACAGAUUUACAAAUCAUAUGCUCCCUGGGAUACAGUAUUCUUCUAAUGGUGACAUGUACUGUUUAUGCCAUCAAAACAAGGGGCGUCCCAGAGAACUUCAAUGAAGCUAAGCCUAUUGGAUUCACUAUGUACACUACCUGUAUAGUUUGGCUUGCCUUUAUUCCAAUAUUUUUUGGCACUGCAAAAUCAGCAGAAAAGAUGUAUAUACAGACCACCACCCUCACCAUCUCCAUGAACCUAAGUGCUUCGGUAGCUUUAGGAAUGCUCUACAUGCCGAAGGUUUACAUCAUUAUCUUCCACCCAGAGCAGAACGUUCAGAAGAGAAAGCGUAGCUUUAAAGCAGUGGUUACUGCGGCAACGAUGUCUUCACGACUAUCCCACAAAUCCUCAGACAGGCCGAAUGGUGAAGCCAAAACAGAGUUGUGUGAAAAUGUAGAUCCAAACAGCCCAGCAGCCAAAAAGAAAUAUGUAAGCUACAAUGACCUUGUAAUUUAACUGCACUGACCUGAAGAGGAGGUCAAGUUCUUCAGGCAUCUGGUCAUUCAUCUGGCACAGGCCUCCACAUGCCCUACUGCCUGCUGGUGGAGGAGCCUGUAAGCCAGGCUUUACCUCAGAUUGAACACGGAAGACCCAAGUGUUUGAUAAGCUCCUUGACAAACAACUCCUUCAAACAACCAUUGGACUUGCAACCCACUGUUGUAUUGUUAUUUGCGUGACCUGACGCAUCAGUCAGAGCUGAGACCAAUAUAUCUUUCCUUGUGGACAAACUGCAAUGAGCAAGUGAGAUCUCACAGGGCCUAUUAAGUCUUUGAGUGUACUUCCAGACUGCAGUUUUUGACAAAGAGAAAAAAAAAACAUCUAAUAUAGUUUGUGAAGUUUUGCGUGGUGCAUCUUUGUUGCUUCUGUUUCACUGUUGCUUCCUGAAUGCAGUCACACUUAUUAAUUGGUCUUGGAAUUCCCUGUUUAGUCAACAGUUCAUGUCUUGUUAUGUCCCCUAUGGAGCUGUGUGAUAAAGGACUAUGAAAGCAUGUUCAUUUUCUACAGUUUGUUUGUAACAAGUAUUGACAAUAAUCUUGCUGCUUAUGUGCCAAUAUUGUGGAAUAUUCCUUCAUUCAAACAUUUUUUUUUCUUAUGGUCACUUGUUAAUUGGGACAAUGAUGUGUUAUUGUCAAAGAAUGUAUUAGCACAAGAAAUAAAACCAUUUGGAUUAAUUUUCUAUUCAUGCAAAAGGUGUUUUCUGGUAUUAUUCUAUUGUGACGAACUCAAUACAAAUAAAAGGAUGAUGCACCAACAAAUGAGUUUAGAAGCAAGAGCAAGCUACCUAAGCAUGUUCUAUCAUUCAAUGAUUUCAUAGCUGAUCUGGCUGUAUUCCUGUCUAGUUAUGGUAACCUUUCACCCCCACAAACCUUGCUUACCUAUACAUAUCUAUACAUUUCUACCUUUAAAAUAUUCACAGAUUCUGCUCCACUACUCUGAGAGGGAGAGGAUGCUAUAGACACAUCGUCACCAAAGAGAGAGAAAAAACCUUCUGAAGUCUCCUGUCAAUGGGAAAACAUUUACUUUUAGGAACUGACUUCCUAGUUCCAGGUUUUUCCAUCAAGGGAAACAUCUUCCCCAUAUUCCUCUUCUCAAAAUGUAACGUUAUAAUCAAAUUCCCCCUUGUCCUUCAAGAUUCCAACAAACAAGCAGAGUAUAAUCUUACCUUUCCUUGUCUAGUCUAGGUAAUAGUUUCAGCACUGCUGCCAACACAUUAAAAGCGUUGAUAUUAUCGAAUGUUUAAGUAGCU